AUGUUGGGUUUCCAUAGGCGGACUCGAUCUUUGAUUCCGGUCAAGGACCUCGCAAAGUAUGACAAAGUACCAUUGAAUGAGGAAGAGGUGGAUGUUGACGAGGGGGAGAUGGAGGCGGGCAUGGAGGAUAUCGCGCUAGAGACUAGCAUCAAGGAGCGCAAGAGGCAAUUGACCUUGGUGUACAUCGUAUUUCUCGCAGAAGCUAUCAUGGCUUCCAGCCUCCAGCCACAGCUCCAAAUGCUCAUCUCGGACGACGACUACUGCGGAAACCUCUCGACGUCCUACCUUCGCAGCAUUCUUGACUGCGCUUACGCGUUUGGCGGUACCACCGGUCUGUUUUGGGGAUAUCUUUCCGACCGUAUGGGACGACGCCGUGUCACACUCCUGGGACUGUGGGCUAUGUUUGCCUGUUGUCUUAGCAUGGGAUUCGCAACCGAUCUUGCCAGCUGCACGAUCUUCAGAUACAUUGCUGGAGUGGCUAGCUCAACCGUGGUAGUCACAACGCUGACGAUGAUCGGAGACUUGAGCGAGAACACCAUGGAAAGGGCCAAGAACGUCGCGAGGCUGCCUCUGAUCGCGCUGUGCGGAUCAAUUGGGCCGAUAAUACAGGGAAUGGUCUCUGAGAGCAUCCACGCCUCUGGAGCGGUAUGGGAGAAGUUCCCUAUCCUAGGCUCCCAGCUUGCUUGUGGCAGUCUUGUUCUUUUGAUUGCUGUGACUGCGUCAAUCAUGCUCCGAGAGACCCUGCCCCUCGAGUCUAAGCAACACGCAGUGGACCUGGACUGCGAGAAGGCCGCAUUCCUCUCCGACAAUGAUUUGGACGAUCCCACGAUUGCCGUCGUAGAUUUCGCUCGGCCAGAGCCCAUCACCAUCAACCAGUUCCUACAGGCUCCUUCGCUCUUGGUUCUUCUGGCUUCCUUCUCGCUCCUCUCCCUCCACGCGGCAACUUUUGAUGUUUUGCUGCCUCACCUUGGCCACAGCAACUCCGAGCACGGUGGCAUGGGAAUCCCCUGCGAUUGGCUUGGGCUUACCGUUUUGAUGGUCCGUGGAAUCGCAGGCAUAGCCAUCCUAGGCGUCAUCCCUCAAGCCGUGGAGAAGUUCGGCCUGCUCAAACUAUAUCGAUCGGUAUCGCUAAUGUUCCCGGCUAUCUACGCGCUCACUCCUCUUCUUGCCAUGGCAGCGGCAUGCUCAACGGGCUUUGUUGCUGUCACCUCGACGGCGUCGAUCUUGAUCAAGCAUGCCCUUAGCGGAGGAGCCUCAGUCGUCGUCGCUCUCCUGGUACUGAACACGACACCCGACGCCUUCUCAGCAGGUACUGUUGUCGGCCUAAUGCAAGUCGCCAGCCUCUUCAAGGCGCUCGCUGUUGCCGUCUCUGGCGCAAGCUUCUAUUUGAGCAACGACUUCAGCGUUGCGACGACAAACGUCGCACUGUGGACCUGCCUGGCCCUCUUUGGCAUUUUGGGUGCCGCCCUUGCUUGGUUCGUGCGGGAGAGGCCAAGUGUAGGCGGCGACUUCCCGUCCGAAGUGCUGUGCUGGGAGACGUGUUUUGACGCGGAGAAGAACGCGUGUGCCGCCUGA